AUGAACCCCAUCACUACUGGAACCAAGGAAAACUACAUUCCCCAGAGCGUGCGCCGCAAUCCCGGACGCAAUGGAUCGAACUGGGCGAACGAUAACACCGUUCGUGUUGACGACGAGGACCCUCAGAUCCGAAUCACUGACGACGACGUGUACGACUUCCAAGUCGACUUCGGGGACACAGCCGUCCCUACCAAGCCUGAAGAAGAAGUGCGCUUCGAGGUUGAUCUGCUGGGUAUCGCCCGUCCAGCAAAGAAGAAGGGCGUCGCAAAGGACUUCGAAGUCCUGAAGCGCCUCCCUGACGUCAUUGCGCUCGACGAGGACUACUGGGAGAGCUCGGAAUCGGGCUUCUCAGAGGAGGAAUGGGAGGCCAUUUACGACGAUGAGAGGAGAGACAAUCAGAGAACAUACUCUGCCGUUCUGCGGGGUAAUGAGAGGUAA